AUGCACGAAUUCUUCUCCCGGAGAGAGGGAAGUGGCCCUUUGUCCCCCGUUACCUGCCACCAUCACUGUGGACUCACAGCACGUCUGAACCAGGAGGCACGUGGAAAUCAUCUGGGCCCCUUCACUGAUGACGAAAUUGCCUCGGAGAAACCGAGGCGGGGUCGGCAGCGGGAGCACACCCUGCCGUGCGCCUCAUCAGAGCCUUUUCCCCGGCAGCCCUCAGAGCCCCGAGGCUCCUCGCGUUGGCGGGUUCCUACAAGCCGUGGGCUCGGUGUCAGGGAAACCUGUUGGAAACGUGCCUGCUGCCGUCCGGGCGCCGGCCGCGCAGACCCCCGUCGGCGACGCCCCGUCGUCACAGCCUGGGGGGCUCUGCAGCUGCCCGCCGGCUGGGAAGCUUCAGCGGCGACUGCAGCGGGGCUCCGGGCGCGGCGGCGCCACCCUGAAGGGCCGUUCUCCUACACUGUUCCCCGGUCACCCUCGCCACCCUCCGGUGAGUCCCCAAAUGGUUACGAAGUGACUGACGAGGUUCUGGGAGCCAACCGCAGCCCGAGCCGAACAUUAACAGAAGAAGGAAAUUACCUCGGUCUCCGCGCCUCCUAUCCGCCUCGACGCCUUUCCCAACAUGCCUCAGCAGCUAGCCGCUCACAUCUGAUUGGCUCGGACUGGGUCACAUGCCCUGUCCUAAGCCAGCCAUUGGCUAGCAGAGCCAUCGGCUCAGCCUAUCAGAGUUUGCCCCCGAGUCACAUGGCAGAGCCCGGCCCGCCUCCUCAGCACGCGCAGGAGCAAGCACGUGCUCCGUGUGGGUUCAGGACCCCGGAGGCGGCUCUCGGAGUCCUCACAGCAGCCCUGCCGAGGCCACUGCACCCGGGUCAGGGAACCAGGAAGACGGGGCCGUGCGGCACGUCACCCAAAGGCCCACAGCCUGUAGGAGGGGGAGCUGGGAUUUGAACCCAGACCUUAGCUGUCGCCACAGCCAUCCAGUGCAAGUCCUUUGUACGACUUAGGUGUGAUUUGCAUACCGUAAAGUGGUAUCGCUUUUUUGAAGCGUACAAUUCAGUGGUUGUUGGUAUAUUCACGAGGUUGGGCAACCAUCACCACAAUCAAUUUUAGAACAAGCUCGUUACCCCCAAAAGAAACCAUUGGUCCUGUAGCAGUCACCCCUUUAUUAACCCUCAUAUCGCCCUAGGUCACCACUCAUCUACUUUCUUUCUCUGGAUUUGCCUGUUUGGGACAUUUUACAUAAUGGGAUCGUAGGCCGUGUGGUCCUUUUGUGUCCAGCUUCUUCCACUUAACAUGAUCAUAUCGGGGUUCAUCCAUGUUACAGCAUGUAUCACUACUUCCUACCUUUUAUUGCCAAAUACUGUUCCAUUGUAUGGAUACUUCAUGUGUUUAUUCAUUCAUCAGCUGAGGCACAUCGGCUAUUUCCUCCUCUUGGCUGUCAGAACUGAUGCUGCCAUGAACAUUCGUGAACAAUUUUUAUACGGACGGAUGUUCUCAUCCUCUAGAGUACAUGCCUUGGAAUGAAACUGCAGUUGGCUUUUAUUGAAAAACAUGACCUCAACAGAUCACACGUCCCCAAAAUACCUCGCAGGCUCUGCUUCCAAGGAACUGAAUUGUGGAGACUGUAUUUUCUCAGGACGGUCCAAGAUAUUUUCUAUUCCACUUGUGUCUCUAGAGGGUGCCCUGGACACCCCCUGCUUGCAACCAACAGGGAAUGCCGAAAGUGACACUGUGUGACUUCCAAUAGGUUACCAAAUGUAAUACAGAUCCUGCCUUGUUGACUGGAAACCCAUUCUUGAAGCCUCUAGCCUGUCGGACUGUCCUGAGGCUGCCGUGUUGUGAGAAAGCUCAACUAGCCCACGUGGAGAGAUGCUCAGCCACCCCCAUACUGUUCAGAGGUCACUGCGAUUUGACUGCAGCUGGAGGGGAGACCCUACUCAGCUAAACCUUUCCCAAAUUCCUGACCCACAGAAGCCUUGAAAGAUAAUAAAUGAUUGUCGGCUAAGCCUUAA